UUCGUUCACAGACACUGAUUCACUCAGGGAGUACUCCGCGCCUGUGAUCUGGAGAUUCUCACACGGAGCUUUAGCAGAAAAUGUCUUAUUCAGAUCCUACACAUCUCUCUGACAGAACUGGAACAGCUGAUCUACAGGAUUGUGUUACACUCCUGAGUUAAAACUGGUGUGAAAACAUGAGAGAGAACAGGAGACACCAUCAGGAAGACAUAGUCCUGAUGGGAACCGUCCAAACAUGUCUCCAGUGUCUCCAGUGUCUCCAGUGUCUCCUGUGUCCAUGUUGAGGAUGGUGCUGGUGGGAAAAACUGGAGCUGGUAAAAGUUCCUCAGGAAACACCAUCCUGGGCAGGAAAGCCUUCAGAGCUGCACAGAGUGGAUCAUCUGUCACUAAAGAGUGCUGGAAGGAGACUGGAGAUGUGUCUGGGAGGGAGCUGGUUCUGGUGGACACUCCUGGACUGUUUGACACAAACCUUUCUGAGAGAGAGCUGAUGCAGGAGAUCAGUAAGUGCAUUAGCAUGACGGCUCCAGGACCCCACGCCAUCAUCCUGGUCAUUUCACUCGGCCCUUUUACUGAGGAGGAACGUCUCUCAGUGGAGAAGAUCAGAGCUCUUUUUGGUGAAGAAGCAGAUAAAUACACCAUGAUCCUCUUCACACACGGUGAUGACCUGAGCUCCACGAUUGAAGAGUACCUCAGUGGCGCUAACGAGCCCCUCGAAGACCUGAUUAGCCGAUGUGGACAGAGAUAUCAUGUCUUUAACAAUAAAGCAAUGCAGGACCGCAUGCAGGUUCUGGAGUUCCUGGAGAAAGUAGACAGCAUGAUUUCAGUAAAUAAUAACAAGUUCUACUCCAGUGAGAUGUACGAAGAUGUGGAACAGAGGCUGAGGAGGAGGGAAGAUGAGCUGAGGAAGAUCUAUGAGCAGAAACUACAUGAACAACAACUGGAACUGCAGACCAAGUAUCAGGAAGAAAAGAGAAAUCUGCAAGAGAAGAUUGAUGCCUUAAAAGAAUCUGAUCAAGAGAAGGAGAAGAAGAUCAAACAGCUGCAGCAUCUGGUCACCCGGAAUAACCAAAUUCUGACCGAGUAUAAAAGAUAUUAUGAGUACAAACUUAAUGCAGUGAGAGAGGAAGCAGAACAAACUCAGCUGAAUGAGGAAAUCCUGAUACGUGUCAUUAGUGAGCUAAAACACUGGAGUGUGAGAUAAUCUGCACUGAUGAUUUAUUUUAGAAUAUAUAGAAGUGUCACUGUAAAUACAUUCAUUCAACAAAAUCCUUUCACACUGUGAACAAUAACAGUGUAAAUUAGUAAAUAAACGAUCACUGGUUUUGCUUAUGUCAGUUAAGUUAUUGAAAAAAUCAGUAACUGAACAGAGAUGUAGUUCUGAGAUUCUCAGUAAUUGAGAUUUGAGAAGAAGAAACCUUUAUUUAUAGCCACACCCACAUUUACAGCACAGUGGAAUAUUUUUCUUUAUAUAUCCCAGCUGAAGAAGUUGGGGUCAGAGCACAGGGGCAGCUAUGAUACAGUGCCCCCUGGAACAGACAGGGGUAAGGGCCUUGCUCAAUUUCUCAACAGCUUAACGGUGCUUCUGACCAAAACCCCAGGGCUUUACCCACUUGAGCCACCACUGCCCACCAAGAGUGUGAAUUCUUAGAAAUGUUAGAAAUAAUAUUAACCUUCUUCUAACCUGAUACAGAAAUACUUGGUGUAGUGGCUGCUACGUUGUUACCAAAGGCCGCCGAGAAGCUAAAAAUGGAAUCGAUGCAUUUGUGAUGCAACAGUAAAAUAUCAGUGAGUCAAAACUUGA